UCUUGCGUGGUGUGGUAUUCCCCGUGUGUGCCGUGCGUGCGUGCGUGUGUGUGUGUGUGUGAUGACCCACAAGACAGCUGGUCUUACCUUUCUUCUUCUACUGUUUUCUAGUGCAGCUACUGUUGUUGACCCUUGACAUCACAUACAAGGAAUCAUGACUAUAGUUACUGCAGAAGGAAUGGAAAAGAAACCUGUUACGGGUGGCAAUAUACAGCCUCCCAGUUUCUUAGGGGAUACCCAACAAUGUGUUACAGCACGAGAGGGAACUGACGUCACCAUAACAAUAGAGCUGGCGCCUGCUGGUGGCGCUCCAACAGCCAUCUGCUGGAGGCGUGGCGAUCAGGAGUUGGUGGGUGAACGCUACCGCGUGUCAGAAAACAACAACACAGUGCUGCUCAACCUACACCAUGUGACGAGAGACGACGUCGGGCACUACUCGCUUACAGCAAAGAAUUCUGCUGGGGAAGCUCGUCGCGCUAUUGAAAUCAAAGUUGAAGACGCCACGUCAGAUGUCCCCGUGUUCCUCAGGCGACUCAGCGAUCUUGCUGUGAAGGUGGGCACUCGAACUCGUUUCCUGGUCGAGAUUCGCAGCUCGUCUGAAGUGAAGGUUUCAUGGCACCGAAAUGACGAACGCGUGCUGGAGGGCGAGAGGUUCCACUUCGUGCACGAGGGCAACUUCUUCUGCGUGGACGUGGCUCCCGUCGUGGUUGAGGAUGGUGGGCGCUGGACCUGCAUGGCGGAAGGUGCCGGUGGAAGAGCUUCAUGUUCCUCAAACCUCAACGUCUUGGUGCCGAAGGCGUACAAGGCCCCCGAGUUCCUGGAGGAGCUACAGGCCCUGCUGACAGAACAGGGCACUGUGUCUCUGGAGUGUAAGGUGGUUGGCGUGCCCACCCCCGUGCUGCACUGGUACAAGGAUGGGAAGGAGAUCAAGGCAGGGGACGUGUUCGCACUGACAGCCAACCCCGAUGACCCAACAUCUCUCGGCACUUACACCUGCGAAGCUGUAAACUGCAUGGGCAAGGCGUACUCAUCCUCCAGAGUGCACGUGGUGGGAAAGGGGAGCCGUGAGGGUUCACUAAAACCAGCUGACAGUAUGAAACCUGUAGGACCCCCUCCAGUAUUCAAGAACGAGUUACGUAAUGAGAAAAUAAAGAUUGGGGACACGACGACACUGGCCUGCCAAGUUUCUGUGCCACCCUGGCCACAAAGCAUUACAUGGUACAAUAAGGAGGGACGGGUGGAGGAGAGUGAGAAAUAUCACGUUAUGGCAGAUGGACUCGGUGGCUACAUGAUUGAGAUCAACCAUGCCGAAGUGGUGGAUGAAGGCGAAUGGAAAUGUGUGGCCACCAGCAAUGAGGGUGUCAAAGGGAUCUCCACAUGUUCUAUAUUCAUGACAUAUCCAAAGAACUACCGAAAGCCUCGUUUUCUGGAGAGUCUGAAGGCAAUCCUGACUGAUGAGGGUUUGGUGUCCUUUGAGUGCAAAGUUGUGGGCUUUCCAACACCUCAGCUUCGAUGGUUCAAGGAUGGACAGGAACUGAAACCAGGAGAUGUAUACCAGCUGACAGGCACCAACUCAUUGGGUUCAUACUCUUGCAUUGCAAAGAAUUGCAUGGGAGAAGCAAGCAGUUCUGCAGAGCUCACAGUGGAGGACAUCCACAACCAGCUCAAUGAGGAGGAGAGACUACAACUGUUCUCAACAAACCAACCACCAAAGUUUAUCAUGGGCCUCAAGAGCUGUGAAGCAAAGAUCACAGAAGACUUCAGGUUUACUGUCCAAGUGACUGUCUCCCCUGAACCCUCCAUUUCGUGGUAUCGAGAUGAUGAGCAAGUUGAAGAGACCAGCAGAUACAGUACAUCCCUUGAGGCACUUGGCACCUGUCAUUUAAAUAUCCACUGCCUUGAAAUUAUCGACCAGGCUGAAUGGAAAUGUGUGGCAACAAACGAAUUUGGGCACAGUGUCACAUCAUGUUUCCUUAAACUGAUCAUACCAAGACAUUUCAAGAAGCCUCGGUUUCUUGAGUGUUUGCGAGCCAUACUAUCAGAGGAAGGGGCUGUCAAUUUGGAGUGCAAGGUUAUUGGAGUUCCUCAGCCAGUGCUGAAGUGGUAUAAAGAUGGUGAGGAGCUGAAGCCAGGUGAUAUACAUCGCAUCAUUUCUGGCGAGGAUGGCACAUGUUGCCUGGGAACAUACACUUGUGAAGCAUACAACUGCAUGGGCACUGUGGCCAGCUCUGCUUCUCUGCUUGGCUUUGAAGAACGGUUGAUGAAAGGAGCUGCUCAGCAAAACCUGGACCAGGGUGUAGGCCACAUGAUUGCAAGGAAUCCAUCCUUGUCAACCAUCCAUGAAGAGAGGACUUCCCAGAUGUACGACACACCUGCCACUGAACUAUCUACCACCAUGGAUGAACGUGCUGAGGUGUCUUUCUCAUUUGAUGGAAAGGAGGUGUCGGUUUCACUGUAUGAGACCCCAGACCUCACAGAAGAGGAGGCACUGCAGGUGGUUGAGAUGUAUGCUGACCAACUGUCAGAGCACGUGUCAGAGCACAAUAUAGUGGAACUUCCACCUCUGAGAUUUAUGAAGGAGACUUCCAAUACUGGCAAACUGCUGAUGGAAGCCAUUGUCAUUGAUGUCACUCACGAUGCCUUUGCCUCUGCUGAGGAUGACCUUCGCACAGAUGCUGAUUUGGAGGAGUUUUCUAUCACAGAUGACAUUGGUCAACAGGCUCCUCCCUUACCUCAGGAUGUCGGGGAGGAGGACAAUGCUAUAUUUAAUAAAAUUAACACUGAGUUCUUGGAACGUGUUUUGGCACCUACUGUGAUAUAUGAGGAAGUUGAAGAACCUGUUGCUCCCAAACGACCACCCAGAAAGAAAACUGAGGCCAGUCAGAGAGCAAGGCCAGACAGUGACACUUUUUACAGUCUGUCACCGGUUAAAGGACAAUCCAAGGAAGGUGACACCUUUGACAGCAUGUCUCCUAUAAAGGGAGCCCACACACCAAAGGAUGAUGGAGAUCACAGUGAUAACUUCAGUGACACAGCAGCAUACGUAUCUGAGCAGGAUUCACGGCCCGAUUCUUAUGCCAGUGCUCUAGGCAGUUCAGGAGAAGGUAGGGCAUUUCAAAUAGCAGCUAUUGAAGUGCAAAGGGCAGAUGAACCACAAUCCACUAAGAGCAGCCCACCUGAACUAGUACGGAACAUAGAGGUGGACACAGGGAAGAAGGAUGUGGAGCUGCAGGUGGCUGAAGUACAGCAGAAACAAUUUACUAAAGAAGUAGAACCCAAAGAAUUAAUCUCACAGCCAGGAUCACUGAAGAAGAAAAUGCGUUCUGUGGAGAGUGGGUUGGGAAGGUCAUUUGAAGAGAGUACAGAAGACAGAGUUCCAGGGGAACCAGCAGGUCAUAAACCUGAACGGCCUGCUAGGAAAGGAUCAAAAUUUGAGGAGAGUGGGGAUGACAGAACUAGCAGUGAGGCAUCAGUUUCUGGUCCCAUAUUAGAACACAGACAGACUCAGAUGAAAACAUUUUCUUCGGAGGUUGGUUCUAUUGAAUCUCAUAUGAAGAAAAUUCAAGAACAAAAAAAGGUACUGAGAAAUGACUCUAAUUCUGAAGAAGGUGAUGGAAUAAAGAUAGCUAAACCUGGAGAAAUUAAAAGAUCUAUUGGCAAAGAGAGAUGUGUAUCCAUUGAGGUACAGACAGAAGGAAGCCUAACAAGGAAACUCCGUGAACCUCACCGGACUAUAUCCAUGGAGGGUAAAGUUUCAGAAGACACUGAAGAUACAGUUGAAAUGACAAGAAAGAAACAAAUUCUAACCUCAUCCAGUGUGGAUCUUCCAACUCUGCAAGCUGCAGCGGACAUGAAAUCAGCAGCAGAAAGGGGAGAAUGUUUGCUUGUAGAGUCUCUUACUCGUUCUUUGCAAGAUAUUCAGAAAGGACUUGCUUCAGUUGAAGAGCAAGUAAAGCUGCAAUCUGAAUCAGAACCUGGAUCUGCAAAGUCAAGUAUAUCUGUGUUAGAAGCUCUAACGCAACCAAUUCAGGACAGUUUAGCUUUAGUGGAGGGACACACAACUUCAUUUACAUUAUCUGAAGAACAUGCACCUGGUAAAAUAUUAGAAACAAUUUCCCAGCCAAUACAAGAAUUUCAGAAAGGUUUAGCUUUGGUAGAGCAGCAAGUAGAAGUGGAGAUGGGUGAAGAAUCUUUGCUGGAGAGGACAAGUGUUUCAAUACUAGAAAAUGUGGCACAUCCAGUACAAGAGCUGCAGCGGGAUAUUGCUCUCAUUCAGCAGUUUACUGAAAGGCGACAUGAUACUUCUGUAGCUGUGGAGGAGGACGUUUCAUACCAGACCGUCCAGUGUGCCCUGCAGAUGAUAACCCAGUCUCUUCAUGAAGUUCAGAGGGGAAUUCUGGUGCUUCAGCAGAGCAUUAUUUAUGAAGAUGCUGGAGAAACCACAUCACAGAUAGACAAUGCUUCCAUACUGGAGACCUUGAGUCAUCCUUUGCACAAACUGAGACAAGGACUGGUGGAAAUAGAACAACAAGCUGUGCUCAAGACUGCAGAAGAAUCUAUAGGUCACACCAUAAUAGAGGCAGUUGCACAUCCUCUCCAGGAACUUCAAAACGUCUUAGAAAUUGUUGAACAGCAAACACUUAUGGAAAUCAGCACUUUGCAUGCGACAGAUCUACCCAGUAAAACCGUACUACAGACCCUAGUUCAGCCAAUUGAUGAGUUACAAAUGAGAUUAACAGAAAUAGGACAAGCAUUUUCAAUUGAAAUAGAACCAACAGAACCACUUCCAAGAAGUAUUUCUAUGUUAAAAAAGCUUCAAACAUGUUUUAAAAAUUUACAGCAUAGUGUUGAGUCCAUAUCUAAAAUCGCCACUUCAGAAGUAAUGUCGGAUAAAGUGGUUGUUCAUGAUAUGGCCAAACUAAACACUGUUGCAUCAUUGGCCAAGCCACUUGUGCAGUUGCAGAUGUGUCUAACAAAUAUGGAGAUAUGUGAAUUUAAAUCAAAGGGGGAGCAUCCAUUAGCUACUCAAGAAAGAGCACAGUCCCUUGACAAACUGGUAGCACCAUUAUAUGAAUUCCAAAAUCAGUUAACCAAAGUAGAAAAACAAAUACUUUUAGGGCCAACUGAAAAAUUGGCAUCACAGAGUGCACAUUUUAUAACAGUUCAGUCUUUGUUGCAGCCUGUAAGAUAUUUGAAACAAAACAUUGACGUCAUAGGAGAAGCUAUGAUAUCAGGAGCCAAUGAAAGUAACUUUGCUGUUGUGGAAAAUUUGGUGCAACCACUGCAACAAUUUACAGAAACAUUGAUUAAAAUUGAGCAGCAAGCAGUUCUGGAAGCAGCAUCCAAACUAACAGAGGAUUUCAGAAGUCUGUCAAAUGUAAAAGUUCUAACCCAUUCCAUUCAGAACUUACAAGAGACAUUCAAAAAGAUUGACGAUGAGAAUACAUUAGGAGGCCAAGAAGAUCCAGGAGUAAAGGCAGUAUCAAUGAUGACAGAAUUGGCACAACCAUUUUCCCAACUCAAGCAGGGAUUAGUUGAAGCAUUGCAGGCUACUUUGCUGGAAGAAAGUGAAGAUUUAUUAUCUAAAAGUACUCAUGCAGUAUCUGUAGAAUUGCUUGUACAUCCCCUGGCAAUAUUGCAGAAAGUAUUAGUUGAAACAGAGCAACAGCUUGUUCUUGCAAUGAAGAAAGCUGAGAUAGCAACAGUACAGUCAACUGAAAUUUUACUACAUCCAAUCCAAGAACUGCAGAAGGGCAUUAUAUCUGUUCAACAACAUGUGACUGAAUCAGCAGUUGACACUCCCAGUCUCUCAGUGUUUGAAUCAUUAGUUGAGCCUCUGCAGAGUUUACAGAUGGCAGUUACAGUCGUGGCACCUAAACAAUCAAGUCUUUUGAUUCUAGAGAAUAUGGCAGAAACUGUGGAGGCUCUGCAGUGUGGAGUUUCUGCAAUAGAAAAGCAAGUACUUUUGGAAGCAAUUCAGGAUUCAACAAGAGCUGGUGUUACAAAGCUAGAGACGCUCAUAGGGCCCCUUAAGGAGUUACAAAAGGAAUUGAUCCUUGUAGAACAAAAGAUCCAGUUUGAACCAGAAGAAGAGUUGGCUUCAGAAAUAUCCAGCAUAUCUGCACUGAGAAGUCUUGUGGUACCACUGCAGGAAUUGCAGACAGGACUAAUCCAAACUGAGCAUUUUGCUAUGAAACAGGAUGCAAAGCCCACAGCAGUGAAGGCUGCAGAGAUGUUAGUGGAACCUAUUAUGGAAUUGCAGAGGGGUAUCAAUGUAAUACAACAGCAAGCUAUAUUGCAAGCUGAGACAGCUGUAAGUAGGGGGUUUACCAUAUUGGAAACAUUAGCUCAGCCUCUGCAGGAACUACAGCGAGGUCUAACAAUAGUCGAAGAACAGAAUGUUAUUACUUUGGAAGAAGCUCCUAUAUUUCAGAAAGCUGCAAGUCUGGCAGCCUUGGAGAGAGUGACGCAAUCUGUGCAAGAACUGUACCAUGCAAUAACUACAAUUGAGCGUAAUUUUGUUGUAGAAACAGAGUUGCCACUUACUGAGCUUGCGGGUUUGUCUGCUUUGCGAGAAAUAGCUAAGCCAUUGCUGGACCUUCACAAGGGUUUGAUACAGGUGGAAGAUCACAUUUUUGAACCCAGAGAGAAACCAGUGCCAGACAGAGCAAGCAUUCUUACCUUAGAGGUUAUUGCAAAACCACUUCAUGAUCUUACUAGAGGUUUGUCUCAAGUGGAAAAGGCAUUAGUGUUGGAACCAAGUUCAGAACAUGCUCCAGGAAAAGUAGGUGUUUCUGCUCUUGAAACUUUAGCACUCCCAUUGAAAGCACUACAGGAGGGCAUUGUAGUGUUUCAGCAUCAGACAGCUCUUGCAACUGAGACUACCACAGUAUUUCAGGCAUUAGACCAGCCAUUCCAUGAUAUGCAGAAAGCUUUGGCAGUUAUUCAAAGACACGUUGUAAUGGAGCCAUUGGUAGAGCCACUAACUGAAAAGCCAUAUUUGCAUGUUCUUCAGACAAUUGCUCAUUCCAUUGAAGAAAUCCAUAGAGGCAUAGCUCUUGGAGAGAAAGAGAACAUUCUUGAAAUACUACAGGAACCAGUGUCUGAGGAAACUGCUGCAUCAGUUUUGGAAACCAUUUUACAUCCAUUGAAGGAACUUCAGGAGAAUCUUGCACAUGUGCAGCAUCAAGAUUCACUGGAGGCCAUGGCUGAACAAGAGAGCAGUGCAUCAAAGCUUAUGGCAUUAGCUGUUCCUAUACUGGAACUGCAGAGAGGACUUGAAUUGAUAGAAGAAAGUACCUUCCUAGAACCUGGUAUAAAAUCCAUGACAGCUGUCGCAAUUCUACAAGCUGUAGUAAAACCAAUACAUGAAAUUCAUACGGCCUUAGCUCAGACACAAGAGCAAGUUGUAUUGGAGGCUCAAGGGAUAUCACUGUCUGAUACAUCACAUAUAUCUCUUUUAAAGGCUCUUAUCAAUCCAAUUCAGCAACUGCAGAAGAACUUGGCUGUGGUAGAGCAUCAAACCAUUUUUGAACCAAGUGAAGAACCACUGCCAACAAGAUUGGAUGUAUCUGUGCUUCAGAAAAUAGCACAGCCCUUAGAAGAACUACACAUGAAUUUAGUUCACGUUGAACAACAGAUACUUCUCGAAGCAGGUGAGAGAUCCUUGUCUGGAGAAGCUGGAGUAUCUGUACUGGAAACCUUGGCACAUCCUAUACAAGAACUUGAGAAAGGCAUAGCCUUUGUCCAGUAUCAGGUUGCCCUGGAAGCUGGAGAGGUUGAAAUGUCUGAAAAAACCUCUGUAUCUGUGCUGAAAACACUGGCAAGGCCAUUGCAAGAAUUGCGGCAAUGUUUGGUUCAGAUAGAACAGCAAGUGGUGAUGGAAGCCAGGGAAGAGCCACUGUCUGAAAAAGCAGAACUGUCUGUUCUUAAAACACUUGCACAGCCUAUCGAAGAAAUCCAAAAGAGUAUUGCUAUAAUAGAACAGCAGGCAGUGUAUGAGCCUAAUGUGGAGGUCUUGUCAGAAGUAAAAGGUACGUCCAUAUUAAAGACCCUGGCACAUCCAUUACAUGAACUGCAACAAAAUUUGGUUCAAAUUGAACAGCAAGUAGCGCUUGAAGCUAAAGUUCAACCUGUAUCUGAAAUAAGUCUGUCAGCAUUAAAAGAUUCGGCCCAGCCAAUUUAUGAAAUCCAGAAAUGCAUCGCUCUAGUUCAACAACAAGCUGCAUUGGAGCCCAGAGAAGAAGAAAUGUCUGAUCAAACCAACCUGUCAUUGUUGCAGACAUUAGCGCAACCUUUGGAAGAGCUGCAAAAGGGCAUAGCAGAAAUACAGCAGCAAGUUGUGCUUGAAACAAUGGAAGAGGCAGUGUCAGAAAAUGCUAGCAUAUCUAUUUUGCAGGCUGUAGCCAAACCAAUUCAACAACUCCUAACAGGCAUUGCUCUGAUACAAGAGCAUGCAGUUUAUGAAGGCGGAGUUGAAUCCAUAACAGACACAACUAGUGUGUCAGAUUUGCAAACAUUGGCACAGCCAGUACAAGAAGUGCUUAAAGCCAUUGCUGUGGUACAACAACAAGCGUUUGUGGAGCACGGAGACAUACUUUCAGAAAAGGAGGAUAUGUCACUUUUAAAGACACUUGCACAGCCUGUUGAAGAGUUGCACAGGGCCUUAUUACAAGUGGAGCAACAAGUUACGCUUGAGUCUGGAGUAGAGAAGAUACCAAUGGAAAACUUUUCAGUUUUGAAAACAUUAGCUCAGCCUAUUCUUGAAUUGCAACGAGGCAUUGCUUUGGUAGAAAAACAGGCAGUUCUGGAAUGUGCUGAAGGUUUAAUUUCAGAAGAAGGAAAUUUAUCUUUGUUGAAAACACUAGCUGAGCCUCUACAAGAACUGCAAAAGGGUAUUUUAAUAAUACAACAAGAAUUGCUUGAAGGUCCUUUGUCUGAUGAGGCUACCAACAUUUCUGAUUUGUCAACAUUUGCGAGUACUGUCGAUGCUUCUCAGGUUCUUGGGGUAAUUCGUGUUGAGGAACAGCGAGCUUUGGAAGGUGACGUUGAAACUUUAUCUGACAGGACUGACCCAAGAGAGCUGGAGUCAGCUGCAUUUUUACAACAGGCGCUAAAGCAGGAUAUAGUCAUUGUACAUGAGCAGACAGCACUCGAAGGGAAAAUAUCUGAAUUUACAACUGAAUCAGCUGAAUUGCAGGUAGCAUUAAUUAGUCAUGAGACAGAUCAGGGAUCAGCAAUUGUGACAGAAGGACAUGUACUGGAUGCAGAAUUAGCAGCUGAAACUAAAGGAAAGGAAGCAUCUGUAGACCUCCUUGGAGAUUUAAGUGAUAAAGAAGGUAAAACUAGAACUGAUCUUAAUGAAAGUACAAGAGCUGGCGAUGUGAGCGUAGCUGAAGAGGAAGAAAUUAGUGAGGAAGAAAAUAAAAAAAGGCUUCAAAUACAGGAGGUGGAGGUAGUUGGUCAUAAUAUUAAUGCAGAGGAAGAGACUACACUUGCAAAGAAGGAAAUUAACUCAUCUUAUCUAGAGGAAGAACAUGAAGGUAAAAGAGAAGAAAAUGUAGUUGGUCCACAAAAAAUGGGUAUGGUAGAUGAAGAUGAAAGCAAGAAAGACAAAAUGGGAAGCACAAAGCAACAAGAAGUUGAAUACCAGAAAAGUUACCAAGAAACUAAAAUAGAAGAAAAGCAGCUUGAAGGAACGGACAACAAGAAUGAGGAACACGAAAAUGUUAAUCGCAAGAAAGGAGAACAGAAUGAAGCAGAAGAUCAUAAGAGGAGACAUCAAGAAGAAGCUGAACAUAUGAAGCCAGAUAAAACAGAAAAUGAGAGACAGAGGACAAAGGAAGAGGCUGAAUGUACAAAGAAGGAAAAAGAAGGCAGUGAACAGACGAAAAAAGAUGUAGUAGAAGAUGAACAUAAGGAGAUACGAGAUGAAGAUGAAAGCAGGAAGAAGGAACAAGAAGUCGAACUUAAGAGAAAGGAACAAGAGGAAGCUGAACUAAAGAAGAAGGAAAAAGAGGAAGCUGAACGAAAGAAGAAUGAACAAGAGGAAGCUGAACGAAAGCACAAAGAACAAGAGGAAGCUGAACUAAAGAAGAAAGAACAAGAAGAAGCCGAACGAAAGAAGAAGGAAAAAGAGGAAGCUGAACGAAAGAAGAAGAAGGAAAAAGAGGAAGCUGAACGAAAGCAGAAAGAACAAGAGGAAGCUGAACUAAAGAAGAAGGAAAAAGAGGAAGCUGAACGAAAGCAGAAAGAACAAGAGGAAGCUGAACUAAAGAAGAAGGAAAAAGAGGAAGGUGAACGAAAGAAGAAGGAAAAGGUGGAAGCUGAACGAAAGAAGAAGGAAAAAGAGGAAGCUGAACGAAAGCAGAAAGAACAAGAGGAAGCUGAACUAAAGAAGAAGGAAAAAGAUGAAGCUGAACGAAAGAAGAAGGAAAAGGAGGAAGCUGAACGAAAGCAGAAAGAACAAGUGGAAGCUGAGAUUAACAGAAGGGAAAAGGAAGAAAAUGAUCGUAAGAAGGAACAGAAAGAAACCGAGCUUAAGGAGAAAAGAAAAGAAGACGAUGGCAAAAAAGAAGAGAAAGAAUUUAGAAAAGAGGAACAAGAAGAAACUCAGUGUAAUACGAAAGAUAUAGAAGAAUCAAAACUUAUUAAGCGUAAAGAAGAGUCUGAAUGUGAGAAUACUGAGGAAGUUGAGGUGAUUGCGAAGAAAACGGAACAUAGCAAAACUAAACAAGAUGUUAAAUUGAAGAUAGAGGAAAAAGAAGCUGAUAAGAAUAUUGAGAAACAAGAAACCAAAUAUAAAAAUGAACUGUUGUCGGAUCUUUUGAAUAAGGAAGAAGCACCAACUUCACAAAAGAAUGUGGAGCAAGCAGAACCCAUCAGUAAAACGAUUACAGUUGAACAAAUUGAAUCACGACAAGAGAGAGAAAUUAUGAUAGAAAAUAACUAUAUAAAACAAAAACGGAGAUCGGAUGAAAACAGUUAUAAUCAAGCUGAAGGAGAAUUGGAAUCCGUCUUCCACAUCACUUCAGAGAACGCUGACAGCUCGGAAGGAACUGUGCCUUCGCCUCGACAGAAGAGAAGUAGACCAGUUGCUGAGAAUGCCAAAGAAGACGCUGCUAUAACUACAACAAACUCCUUACAGAACGAGCAGGGAAAAUUAAGCUCUGGGGUACAACACUCCGAAGUACAGUGGGUUGCUGGGGGAAUAACCCAAAGAACUCGAAGUUUUGACCAGAAACCAUGGGCUGAGGAGGAGACAUUGAGCCGCCAGCGACAGUAUGACGACUCACUCGAGAGCAGCGAAACCAUUACGUGCAGCUCCUCAUCCAGCACUCUGACCCCCACCUUGCAUCAGCAACCCCGAGAGAGAACGGAAGAAACCCGACGAAUCGUAAUCAAGGAAAAAGUUCAGUCAGGACCGAGGGAUGCCAGGAAGAAGCCAACGUUUGCUACUCGUCUAACGGACCGAUCGGCGGCACAGGGAUCCCGCAUCAAGCUGACGUGCAGCGUCCUGGGCAGCCCAGAGCCAGUCGUGGAAUGGCUGAAGGACGGCUUGCCCUUGGUGGGGGAACAGCGUUACAAGACUCGCUGCGAGGACGGCCUGGCCUGCCUCGAAGUACUCAAUGCGUCUACGGGAGACUCCGCGGAGUUCACAUGCGUGGCUCGCAACCGGCAUGGCGAGGCCUCCUCCUCAGCCACUCUGAAAGUAUUCGCGGGAUUCGAACCGGCUCCUUCACCACCCACGUUUACCAGACCCAUCAAAGAUUCAUACCGCUUUUCGGAUGACGAGUUGAUCUUGGAAUGCCGGGUGCGAUGCCAUCCACCGCCCAAGAUCACCUGGCUGAAGGAUGGCAUGUUGCUGCAAGGAAGCAGCCGGUUCCAGCAGAGUGAGCUGACAGAUGGGGUGUGUCGCUUGGUCAUCAGCAGCCCUGAAGCCACCACUGAUAGUGGGCUGUACACAUGUCGUGCAGAAAACAGUGUGUGGAGUGACCAGAUAUCCUCAACUGUCCACUUUGCAGGACGUGAUAGCUACGCUACUUCAAAGAGGUCCAGAGGGACAUCUCGAGUGUCCCGAGAUGCAAGGCGCCCUCACAUGUCCAGUGUGCUUACUGAUCAUGUUGUGCCUACUGGUGGAACCAUUGCCCUCCAAGUUGAAGUAAAAGGAGCCCCAAAGCUUGAUGUCACAUGGCUGAGAGACAAAGAGCCACUUCAUUUCUUGACCCCAAGAUUCCGAACAUUUGAGGAGUCGGGAGUGUACACCCUUGUGAUGAGUAAUGUGACAGAAAAGGAAGCAGGAUUCUACACGUGUCGAGCUUCGAACACUUAUGGACAUGCGGACACAUCAGCCACUGUAGGGAUUGUGCUCCCUGGUAGCGUGCGUGGUGGCAAGCCGGCCAUGUUCAUAAACCGACCAGACACGGACAUGUCUGUUGCUGUUGGCGAAGAUAUCUCAGUAUCCUUCAGGGUUACUGGGGACCCAAAGCCAAAAGUUACGUGGAUGAAGGGACUACGAGACAUCACGAACAGUCAGCGUUCUUUGAAGGAAACGCUGGAUGAUUAUGUGCGACUUACACUAAAACGAGCUCUAGCAUCAGAUGCAGGGACAUACUGCAUCUUAGCGAAGAAUGUUUAUGGCUGUGACAGAGCCUUCUUCACCGUUACGAUUCGGCAACGUGCAAGAUCGCUAACACCAAGUUUGGAAUGGAACUCUCAGGAAACUUCUAACAUUCUGCGAGACAUCAGAGACAGCAUCGAGAUGUCACGUAUGAAAGGACGUUGCGGAUUUCAGUUGAGUCCGCGACUACAUUCCCGACGUUCCACUAUGCCUGUACUGGCGGCAAAUGGCUGCUGCCUUGAUAGCCAGCAGGAGGAAGAUACGUAUAUCCUGAAGAACUCGUGCUAUCCCGGGUAUGCUUGUCAGGGUAACCUUCAAGGCUUGAGGAGCUGCUGGGCUGCUAGAAAUUGUCUCAUCUCGGAAUUCCUACUCUACCUCACAGACUAUCAAGAUGUUCCCGGCCCGGUCGGCGGGCAGCCUGUGGUCGUCGACAGUGGUCGCAACUGGGUCACGCUCUCCUGGCCCAAGUCUGAGGUCCGUGGAAGUGCCCCGGUCCUGGCGUACCGUGUGGAGGCGUGGAUCCUCGGAGGAGACGGUGGAGCCCGCUGGAUCGAGAUGGGUGUUUCCCCAAUCAACACUUUUGAUGCGUUCAACUUGAAACCUGGAACGGAGUACAAGUUCCGUGUGACGCCAAGAAACCGCUAUGGCUGGGGAGAGUCCGUUGUCACCACGGAUCCGGUAACGGUCGGGCGUAAAGUGGAACUGCCGGAAUUCACCCGGAUCCUGCCAGGACAGCUCAAGGCGCUCCAGGGCUCGAGCAUCCGCCUGGAAUGCCAGGUACGUGGCGACCCUGUGCCUCAGGUGCGGUGGUACCGCGACGGCAUCGAGCUGAACGACCCGAGGUUCGUGACCAAUUUCGACGGAUUGCGCACCUGCCAGUUAAGCAUCCAGGAACUGAGGGAUGAAGACUCUGGCCGCUACAUGUGCGAGGCGACCAACAAGGUGGGUCGCGUCUCCACGUUCGCGCGGCUGUUCGUGGUGAGCGACCCCAAGAUUCUGGAGGCGGACCAUAAGCUCAAGCGUGGUAUCCAGGAUGACCAGGAUGCGGUCACCGACACACCGCCACAGUUCACUAUGCGCCUUCGUGACCGCCGAGUACAAAUGACGUAUCCUGUGCGUCUCACCUGCCAGGUCGCCGGGCGCCCACAACCCGAACUGACGUGGAGUAAGGACGGAGAGGUGGUCAAACAAGACGACUGCCAUGUUUUCUGGAGCGAGGAGAGUUUCCAUACGCUGGAGAUGAGCCAUACCAGACUGGAGGACUCAGGGUGCUACUCGGCUACCGCUCGGAACGCGAACGGCGCCGUGUCGUGUCGUUGUCAUCUGGUAGUGGACAAAGGGAUCCGGGCAUACGUCGCUCCGGAGUUUUUGUUCGAGCUGGAGCCGGAGCAUUCCGUCCGAGAGGGGGGCGAACUGCGGCUGUCGGCACAAGUGGAGGCCUACCCCUCUGUGGGCGUCAUGUGGUACCGGGACGGAGUUCGCCUGCGCCCAAGUCGUCGCAUUGUGAUGACUCUGAAUCACGACGGUAUCGUCGAACUGGCACUGGCUGGCAUAUCGGCGCGCGACGCCGGCGUUUAUAGCUGCACGGCAACCAAUGAGGUGGGUCGCGCCGAUACCUCGACCCGAGUGAACGUUCAAGUGAUGGACGCCCCACCCACCACCAAGUUGCCGACUGUAAUUGGACCCGAGAUCCCAUACUCCAAAGUGCCAUUGUUCGUAACGAAGCCGAGAUCGACUGAAGCCGUAGAAGGGGACACGGUCAUUAUCCUAUGCGAGGUCGUCGGUGAUCCCAAACCAGAGGUCAUAUGGCUCCGGGACUGGCUCAAGCCUGACUAUUAUCGAGACGCCCCGCAAUUCCGCCGAGUGGGUGACGGACCGCAGUACCGACUGGAAAUCCCGCGAGCAAAACUAGACUUCACAGGCGCCUAUUCUGUCAUCGCCCGCAACUGCCAUGGAGAGGCCAAAGCCGUGAUAUCCCUGCAGAUCUACGCGAAGGGUCAGGGCAAAGGAGACGGCAUGGACCACAGUUCCGUUAAACACGGAAAGGUACAGACGCUGCCAGUUGUCAAGCGGGAGCUGAAGGAUCUUCGUUGUUGCGACGGAGACGCCGUGACGCUAGAGUGCUGCGUGCAGGCCACACCGGCCCCGGACAUCCGAUGGGAAAAGGGCGGCAGACUGCUGCCGUUGGGCGGGGACUUCAGUGCCGAGUUUGACGGAGAUACGGCCCGCUUGCAUAUCAAUCAGGUGUACCCUGAGGACGAGGGUGAAUACACCUGCGUCGCCUACAAUGAGUUAGGUCGUGCCCUCACCUCUGCCUGUCUAGUCGUUGAUGUACCUGAAGAGAAGGAGACGCUCCUUAGCAGGCAAUUGUCUCGACCACCAGGACUCUUAUCUGCGGGCUCCACCCCAAGGUCGACUCCCAGGACAACUCCAUCUCGCAGCAAGUCACCGUCCAUACCUCGACAUCGUGAUCGUGAAGGAACGCCCUCCCGUUAUACCUGUGAGGAGAGCAGGCCGCGUCGGUUGAAGGCUGCAGCCCCCAAAUUCUAUGCGGUUCCUCACAACCGGGUUGCAGAGGAGGGUGAGACCGUGCGCUUCCAGUGCGCUAUCGCGGGCCACCCGACACCCUGGGUUACGUGGGACAAGGACGGCCUCAUGGUCACCCCCAGUGCCCGCCUCACCCUGUCGGAGCGCGACGACCUGAGGAUCCUCGAGAUAUCCGAGGUGACUGCCGAGGACGCGGGCUUCUACCGCAUUACCCUUGAGAACGAAGUGGGCCGCGUGGAGGCCAGCGCACGGCUGGAAGUCAUCGGUCACUACACCGGGAGGUCGCGCGUAGUGAGGGCGUGGAGUGCCUCUCCCAGGACCUCCCCAACAUUCGGACGGCGUCUCAUUGGUUCAGCGGCUCGCGUGGGUGGGAGACUCACCUUGGCCUGUGACAUCAGGGGCUCUCCGACGCCUGCUUCCACGUGGUACAGGAACGGAGAGCUGGUGGUGCGUUCGUCCAGAGUUACUCCCACGUGGGACGGGCGUACUGCGCGCCUGGAAAUUGAAAAUCUGGAAAUGGAGGACUCAGGCAUGUACACGUGUGUGGCUGAAAACGAAGUGGGGAAGACGCGAUGUUCGGCCAGAUUAGUUGUCCUUGAGAAGGACGACCCCAGUCAGGAAGAUAGGCAGCCUCCUGUGUUCUUGCAAGGUCUGCCUCCAGGGACAGUGGCAUCGGACGGCGAUGUGCUGGAACUCCAAGUGCGGCUACAAGGCUCGCCGCCUCUGGACGUUGUGUGGGUGAAGGACGGCUUGGAGAUCCCUGACUGUGAGGAUUUCCGGUACGUGGACCGGGGUGACGGUCGCUUCGGUCUGCGCCUGGCCGACGUCUUCCCGCAAGACUCCGGGGAGUAUCGUUGUGAGGGGUACAACGAACACGGAGACGCUGUCACUAGAGGCGUCGUUUCCGUCAGAGAGGGCAGCACGAGUAUGCAGUUCAGCAAGAAGCCGACUCCAGUGCUGGCGUCUCCAGGCAGAACAGCCACAUUCUGCGCGCGGCUCCAGAGCUCCGACAGUCGCGCCGUCGUCUUCUGGACCGUGGCGGGAAGGCCUCUCGAUUCCUCCCGGCACAAGGUGGAGUCAGACGGAGACGUACAUAUACUCCACAUUUGCCCAGUGGAACUGUGUGACAGCGGACAAGUGACAUGCGUGGCGCGUAGCGGGAUGUCAGGCGGUGAGGAGUGUGUGGCGAGGACGGAACUGGCGGUGAGCGAUGGGGACGACAGAUACGACGAGGUUGGGCAGGCGGCCGUGUUGAUCCGGGGGCCUUGCGACACCACAGCACUCCGUGGGGACAGGGUCGCUUUGAAGGCGACGUAUGCCGGAGUGCCCCACCCUCUCGUUCGCUGGCUGAAAGCGGGCCACGAGCUGAGUUCUGGCGGUCGGGUGACGAUCACGACGGAAGACGGAGUGUCCUGCCUUGCCAUAGAGAACAUCACUGCGGACGACAGCGGGAAGUACGUGGUGAGCGUGGAAAACAGCCUGGGGGCAGACUGCCAGUUCGCUUCGGUCGCUGUGGAAGGACCAGCUGAUCCACCAGCAGGCAAGCCCUCAGUGUCUGGUAGUGGCAGUUCUGUGAAUGUGGCGUGGUGCAGCGCACCAUAUGAUGGAGGCUGCAUGGUGACCGGGUACUGUGUGGAGAUGAGGAAGCAAAAUGAAACAGAAUGGCAGUUGGUGACAGACAGGUGUCAUUCCUUAUCUUACAUGGUUCCUGGCUUAACUCCUGGUGAGCGGUAUGUGUUCAGGGUGCGUGCAGAGAAUGCCCAUGGUUUGAGUGAGGCAAGCGUGGAAUCCGAGCCUUUCCAGACGGGUUCAGAUGAGGAAUCCUUCGUGCCUGUAUUUGAGCCGCGAGUGGUGACAGUAGCUCCUGGUGAGGAGUUUAAAACCUGUUAUGAAGUACUGGAAGAGCUAGGAAAGGGUCGCUAUGGAGUAGUUCACAAAGUGCAGGAACGUGCUACUGGACAGAAGUAUGCAGCAAAAUUUAUCCGCUGCAUAAAAGCCAAAGACCGGGAAAAGGUUCAGGAGGAGAUUGACGUGAUGAAUGUCUUGCGGCAUCCAAAACUUCUGCAGUUGGCAGCAGCUUUUGAGAGCCCUAGAGAAGUUGUUAUGGUGUUGGAAUACAUCUCUGGUGGGGAGUUAUUUGAACGGGUCGUGGCAGAUGAUUUCACCCUCACAGAGCGAGACUGCAUCUUGUUCAUGCGUCAGAUCUGUGAAGGUGUAGACUACAUGCACAAGAAUUAUAUUGUUCAUUUGGAUCUGAAGCCAGAAAAUAUAAUGUGUCACACACGGACAUCACACCAAAUCAAGCUCAUUGACUUUGGACUGGCCCAGAAAAUCAGUCCAGACACUCCGGUAAGAGUUUUAUUUGGCACCCCAGAGUUCAUCCCUCCAGAAAUUAUCAACUAUGAGCCAAUUGGGGUGGAAUCUGACAUGUGGUCUGUGGGCGUGAUAUGCUACGUUUUGUUAUCUGGGUUAUCUCCUUUCAUGGGAGACACUGAUGCUGAAACGUUUGCCAACAUUACCAGAGCAGACUAUGACUUUGAUGACGAAGCUUUUGAUGCCAUUUCCCAAGAUGCCAAAGAUUUCAUUUCGUCAUUUGUAUGUCUCAGGAAAAGGUUAACAGCCAGGGAAUGUCUACAUCACACGUGGCUGACGCAGCAUGACGAGAAAAUGAGUUGUGUCAGGUUGUGCACAGAUAAACUGAAGAAGUUCAUAAUUCGCAGAAAAUGGCAGAAAACAGGGAAUGCCAUACGUGCCCUGGGACGCAUGGCCACGCUAUCAGCAGCUACUCGCCGCAACUCAAAUGCCAGCUCUACGUCCGGCAGUCCCAGGCCUAGUUUAUCUGGAUGCUGCGGCACUGUAUCGAGGAUGUCGAGUCUUAACGAGGAAGACCUGGAACCUGCGGGCACUAACACCUCUAGUGACACUAACAGUGUGAUUAAUGGGUUCAGUGAGACGAUGCUGACUAAAUCUGGCCGCAUGCGACAGUGCAGUGAGCGGAGCGACAGCGGUAUCAGCGAUUGCUCUAGCAUUACUACUCCCUCCCCUCACAGCCAUUGUCAGUGUCCACCAAAGCCUUUACUCAGUAAGAAGUUUUCUAUAACAGAGGAAAUGGAAAAAUGUAGUGAGAAAUUGAGUGAAGUGAUAGUCCGUGGUAGAGUCUCUUCAGUGGUAGGUAGAAAUAUUCAGUCUAAGGUCUGCCAUACGGUUGUAGGUUCUAGCGAGGGAAACGGUAGUAAUGAUACAAAGUCUUCAGAUAGUGCCGUUAGUAAUAUCUCUGCUUGUUCUUCCUCUUCAGCUAAAUAUAAUGCUAAAAAGACAGACAGCUUAAAGCAGCAAAGUUCUGUGGAUUCUGGUGUGAGUGUGGACGCAGGAACAUGUCCGUCGCCAGACAUCCUCACUGGGAAAGCCAGUGCCUUGAAGAAAGAACUGGCUCACUUCCAGGAGCAGCAGAAUGAAAAGGACAUCUGUGAUAAAGCUUUGCAUAAAUUGGGAUCUGCGCUUGACUCGGUGUCCUGGCCCGAGACGUCUAGAAGCUCCGAUGGGCCGGUGACCCAGCACAAGAAGGUUCGCUGCUUCUCGGAGAACGUGAAGUUGGGCGACGACAGGAACUAUGAGAUCGAGCAGAUACGGAAAGACGAAGAUAUAAUUGAAUCCGUGGAACGGUCGGGGCGAUCCACAGAUUGCGUUGUCCAAACAGACGUAACAACAGGAAACAAAGCUGCAGAUGUGAGCACGAAACCACUUGAGGACAUCUCGGGUGGAACCCAUGACGUCUCCGGCAUGCCACCAGAUAUCACAGGGCUAGACAAUUACAAAACUACUGGGUUCGAUCCUCCGAACAUCCCUACACUGUUCGAGUAUGGGAAAAAUGCAAUUGGAGGAUACGACGUCCCAAAGAAUCCUCCCAAUCUGCAAAACGAUUACGGAGGUCCUGACAAGCAGGAGUACGGCCAGGAGAGUGAAAAAAGCUAUGGCACUUCGACAAGCAUGAGACGCCAGGAAUCAUACGAUCACCAGGAGUUCUCGCACGAGAAGACGCGAACGUUGCCGGGAUGGCGCUCCGGCUGGGGAGGGGGCGAAGCUCCGGAAGACCCGAGAUGGAAAAUCAAGUAUUAA